GCACCGCGUGGAGAGCUUGACUGAGAAUUAAAGUGAGUGAACAAAGAGAACUCCUGGCAGCCGCCCGCCAGCGCCUUGGAGCUGCAUCAGGAGGCGUCAGUCACGCCCAGAAGGCUGCUCGAAUCCGCCUCCCUGGAAAAAGAGCUCAAGUAAAUAAUUGAUGGAGAUUGAUCGGACCCAGGACAAAGCUUUGCAGAAAACCAGUGCACGCGAUUUCAAGCGGCUUUGGAAUCUUCUGCCGAGUGCGGGAUAUGAGAGUGGAGGAAGGACUUUGAGAGCGGCUGCCAAUCUUCCAUCUCGGGCGGUGGCUGUGGCCUUUUUGUCUUCCUGUCCCGCCACCCCCCACCCCUUCCCUGCCUUCUUGUCUUUCCUCUUGAAAGUAACCUCUCUUUGGUUACCCCUGCCCUGUGGUCCCUGGCAACCCCGCCCUCUCCCCUGCCCAGUCCGGUGAGGUCAGCUCAUGAAUAUCACUGCACUUCCUGGGGAGCGUCUGGCACGGCUUGGUACCUCCGUGUUAGCCUGCUGCGAGCCGCGGCUCCAGCCCGGCCGCGGACCGCCGCGAAGUAACCCGCUCCGGGUCUGAGUCUUGACGUUACCGCCAUUGUUUGGAGGAAUCGAGUGGGUGUGGAACUGGAGCCAGCUGGCCCAAAGUCGUGCUCAGCCAGAGAGUCGCACACAAUACUACGAAGUUGAACUUUCCCUCGGCUCCGAAAGGCACAAUAAUCAAAAUCCUGAGAUCCACGGAAUAUCGAAAGGAAAGCGUUGGUGAUUUGCAUCAACUUCUCGGAAACGUCGCCUCUGCUGAGAACUUAGAAACGAAGGUUGGUGGCGGUGAAGAGGGAAGAGGAUGAUCUAGUGAUGGAGGAUUCCAAAUCGCAUCCCAUAGGUUCCUCCUAGACUGCCAUGAGUCAGCCACCGUCCGGGGGCGCUGCCCCUGCCGCAGCUGCAGCUUCUGCUGCCUCCGCAGCCACUGAGGCUCGCCUGCACCCGGAGGGCAGCAGCAGAAAGCAGCAGCGAGCUCAGUCACCCGCUAGGCCGAGGGACAAUUCGCUCCGACAGACACCCACGGCCACCCGGUCCCCGGUGGGGGCCGGCACUAAACUCAAUUCUGUUCGGCAGCAGCAGCUGCAGCAGCAACAGCAGGGUAACAAGACCGGGAGCCGCUCGGGGCCUCCGGCUGGCUCCCGAAGCGGUGGAGGCGGGGCCGAGAAGGCGGCGCCCCAGGCGCCCAAAGGGGCCGCGCCGGGAGCUGUCCAGCCCGCGGCUGGUGCUGAAGCGGCCCCCGCCGCGACCCUGGCCGCUUUGGGCAGCAGGAGGCCCGGGCCCCCUGAGGAGCAGCCUCGAGAGCUAGAUUCGGUGCCCUCGAAACUCGGGGAACCCCCUCCGCCCGGGGAAGGGGGAGGAGGGGACGGGGAAGGAGGAGGAGCCGGCGGCGGCUCCGGGGAAAGGGAGGGGGGCGCUCCGCAGCCGCAGCCGCCGCCGCCCAGGGGCUGGCGAGGGAAAGGCAUCCGCGCUCAGCAGAGGGGCGGCAGCGGCGGGGAGGGGGCCUCCCCUUCGCCAUCCUCCUCUCCCGCGGGCAAAACCCCAGGCCCCGGUAGCAGAAACUCCGGAAGCGGCGUUGCAGGGGGCGGCGGCGGCGGUGGAGGGAGCUACUGGAAGGAAGGAUGUCUGCAGUCUGAGCUCAUCCAGUUCCAUCUCAAGAAGGAGCGGGCGGCAGCGGCGGCAGCCGCGGCUCAGAUGCACACUAAGAACGGCGGCGCUAGCAGUAGCCGCAGCUCCCCUGUCGCUGGAGCCCCUGCCAUUUGUGAGCCCCUCGCAGUCCCUUCCGCCUCCCCAAUGGCGGCGGCGGCGGAGGGCCCCCAGCAGAGCGCAGAGGGCAGCGCAGGCGGAGGGGGCAUGCAGGCGGCGGCGCCCCCUUCGUCGCAGCCGCACCCGCAGCAGCUCCAGGAGCAGGAAGAAAUGCAGGAGGAGAUGGAGAAGCUGCGAGAGGAGAACGAGACUCUCAAGAACGAGAUCGAUGAGCUGAGAACCGAGAUGGACGAGAUGAGGGACUCUUUCUUCGAGGAGGAUGCCUGUCAACUGCAGGAAAUGCGCCAUGAGUUGGAGAGAGCCAACAAAAACUGCCGGAUCCUGCAGUACCGCCUCCGCAAAGCCGAGCGCAAAAGGCUCCGCUAUGCCCAGACCGGGGAAAUCGACGGGGAGCUGCUGCGCAGCCUGGAGCAGGACCUGAAGGUCGCAAAGGAUGUAUCUGUGAGACUUCACCAUGAAUUGGAAAAUGUGGAAGAAAAGAGAACAACAACAGAAGGUGAAAAUGAGAAACUGAGGCAACAGCUCAUAGAAGUUGAAAUUGCAAAGCAAGCUUUACAGAAUGAACUGGAAAAAAUGAAAGAGGUUAGUAUUUGAUUAUUUCAUGGUGUACUAUAUAUUUUUAGCUCUUCAGAAAAGAAUCCCAAGGAGUAAUAUGACUAUUAAAAUAAUGCUUUCUUUUAAGAUUACAGGACAGUUUUUUGUCCUCAUGCAGUAUGUCAAAAAAUACAUGAUUUCAUACUAAUAUAUGAGUAGCAAUGAAAAAAUUCUGACCUGAACCCUGUCCCUAACUUGACAUAUAUGAGCUGUGAUGGAUGUUUCAUCUCUGGGUCAUCUAAAUGUAUGUUAAUUAGAUAAAUUACAUAGCAUACUAAAUGCAAAGUAUUUGAAGAAUAUGAAGGAAUGUGCCUUGUGUUAGUUAAAGGGAAGAGUUAGUCCUGUGAGAUUACUGCUGAGUUCACAGAGCCAUAAACUUUUAGGAUGGGAAAGGCUAUAAAAGCCAUUUAGUGUAAUCCAUUCGUUGGUUGAAAUUCUCUCUAUAAUGAAGCUCUCUUGCCCCUGAUGGUCUAACACUUACAGUAUCACCCGUGACUAACCCUUAAGAUCUUUCACAGCAGCCACUUCUAUCACAUCAUAGCUCUGUUUAAAGGUUUUCUUUGUUUUGAGUUGAAAUCUGUGUAAUGAUGACUUUAACCAAUUUAUCUUAGUUCUACCUUUUAGGGUAGAAGAGUCAAAUUUCUCUUCCGUGUUAGCUACUUGAACAUUCCUACCUUAUUUACCCUGAGUCUUCUCAAAGAAAAAAAAAACACAGAAUCAGGAUCAAAGAAAAUAAUUGGAGGAGAAAAGAAACUGAAAGAUCUAUUAGGAAGCAAUUAGCUUUAUGAUAAAUAGCAAUUUAAUUUUAGUUAAAACAAUAUUCUUUGAAAACUACAUGAGCACAUACAAUGCAACCUAUGAAAACUGUUAUUGAGGAUUAGCAAAUGCACAAGUGGUCUUCUGAACAAUUCCUCUGCUUGGAUAUGCAGAAUUCUAAGGAAAAUCAUAAGCUUUCCACAGACACUGAGGUACUGAGCCACGUGUCAUUGCUGUGCUUAUCUCAAAAUGGUACAAAAAUAUAUCUACAAUGUAACAGUGAAAAUAUAGUCUGGGAAUAUGUAAGGGCUAGGACUUUGUAGAAUAUGAUUUCAGUAGAAUAAACUAUUUUUUUGUGAUCUUGGUGCCUACUUCUUAUAUUAUCCUGAUUUUAAACAUUUUUUAACAUGACAACAUAGGGAAAAUUAUUUUAAUGAUGUGACAUCCUUGCCUACUAGUUAAGAGUGGCUCUGUGCUACAGUAGAAAAACAUGGAGAAUGAGAGCCAUGUGAGUUAUCUUAACCAGGAACUAACUGGGUGACUUUAAAAGGCUUCCAACUUCUACUUGCCUUCAUUUAUUCAUUAUAGACUGUAAGGGUUGUUUUAUAUGAUUCUCGACAUCUUUUGCCACUAUACAAGACUUUUAUCAUGAAAUUCAGGACAUCACCAUGUAAAGAGCAGCAUAGUUUUUGUUUCUUAAGUUAAGAGAUCAAAUAUGAACUUAAUAUAGAUACAAGUAUAUGUUUCUUCAACAAUAACUACAGUUGCAGUGGGUCAUGUUAAAAGUGUCAUUCCCAGAGCAAAAAAUUAAGUAGGAAGCUAUAUUAGUUUUCCAGGGCUGUUCUAACAAAGUACCAAAAACUGGGUGGUUUAAACAACAAAAUGUAUUGUCUCACAUUUCUGGAGGCUAGAAAUCCAAAAUCCAGGUGUUGGUAGCGUUAAUUCCUUCUGAGGCUGUGAGGGAAGGAUCUGUUCCAGACCUCUCUCCUUGGCUUGCAGAUGACUGUCUUCCAAAUUCUAAAUUUCCCCUUCUUAUGAGAACACUAGUCAUAUUAAAUUAGGGUCAACCUUAAUGACCUAAUUUUAACUUGAUUACCUCUGUAAAGACCCUAUCUCCAAAUAAGGUCACAUCCUGAGGAACUGGGGAUUAGGACUUCAAUGUAUGAAAUUGGUGGGGAGAGUGGGGAGGAGGAAACACACUUCAGCCCACAGCAGUAGUAAUUAAUAGCUUCCUACGGGCAGGCUAAAAGAAAGUUCGUUCAUCUUCAGUCUCAUUAGGCCCCAUUCCUUGUUCAUACAUCAAUUGUGUUAUCUCAUAUUCUUAGUCUAUAUAAAACAAUAUCUAUAAAACAUUCGAGUAAAAGCAAACUUCACUUGAUUACCAGAUAUUAAAAAGAAACACCUUGUAAUUUGGUGUCAUGUGAAUGUUUUUCAAGGGGGUAUCUGAAAAGUUGUAUUUGAGAAUGGCAUAAGAGUUUUCUGAUUUUCAUCCUACAUCCAGGAAAGGAAAUGCUCAUAGACUUUUCCAUUAGCUAGAAAGAUGUGAUCUCUCACAUCUUAAAAUAAAAGCCUAAAUAAUCUGGCCACCAGGAGUGAGGGAUGGAAUUUAGGAAUGUCUUCAGAAGAAUAUUAAAGAUACGUUUCCUUGAUUUUUUUUCUCCCAUACCCUUCCCUAUGACUAUUUCCUCUUUCAAGGCUCUAAUUCUGAGUUUAGAAAAUACUAUUACAGCACCAAGCAGUGUAGGAUAUAUAUAUAUUCAUGACAAAGAGGCAAUUCACAUUCUUUUUGGAGUUAUAAAAGCCAAACGCCAAUCUCCUACUAGGAAAUAUAACAAAAGUAUAAAGAAUUUAGGAGCAUGUAUUCAGGACAUCAACUUUUAAAGUAGCCUUUUAUUAAGAAAAAUAGCAUUUAUAGUUUGAGAAGAUGGGUGGGGGGAGGAAUAGAAAUAGAAAGGAAGGGAGAAAGAGUGGAAGAUAAUACUCUAAAGGAUGCUACAUGUAAUAAAGGAAAAAUGAAGAAUAUUCUGGUAGGAAUAUUUUAUAAUCAUCCAUUUGAGGUUGACCUUCAUAGUAUUCAAAACAGUGUAAGAAAUAGAAUAAGUAGUUUAAAAAUAUGUUUAGAAAUCAGAAAUGUUUCAAAUAAGAUUUUGACAACAGUUAUUCUGUUAUCCUCUAAGAUAAAUAUUUAAAACUGAGCUGCUAUAUAACAGGCUUACUCUGUGGGGUAGGGGUUGUGAGUUUGCCAUUGGAUGACUUGUAACAGCUUCAGUUUUCCAUCUGCUUCCUUGGUUGUAAAGUGAAAAUAUAUUCAAGUCCUUGGUGAGUGUUAACCACAUGGACUGUCAUCCCUUUUGUCAUUCUAUUGGUGGAGAAAAAUAGAACCAGGCCAAACUCUCUUAUGAGAAAAGAUACUUGUUACAGAGUAAAAUCAUAAAAUGUUAAGUAGAAUGUAUUAGAGAAGAGCAAUCCUCCAAUCCUAAGAAUUUAGUUCCUUGUAUGGAGUUGUAUAGAUGUUGAACAGCACCACUAGGACUAAUAGACCAUCUGCUAGAGUUUGGGACUGUUUACCAAGGGUUUAACUAGCUCCAAGGGUAUUAACCAGUUGCUCUCAGUGCCGAUGGCUGCACAAGGUCCUGUGUGCCUGCUCACAUCUAUCUGCUUAUCUUGUACCCCUGAGCGAGUGGAGUAGGCACCUGGGAGUAAGAAGAAUUGAGUUGAGGCAGGAUGGAGGUAAUUAGCUGUGUCUACUGCAACUCCUUGCUUGUGUUGAAAUAGCUGGUAUUCUGCCAACUGCAAACAAAAGGGACCUCUUAGAAUGCUGCCUUCCAAUCUUAAUAGCAUUCUCAUCCCAAUUAUAAAGCAUUGAUUGCUACUAGCAGUAUGUUUUCUUGCUGUAGAAAAAUGCCUUUAUCUUUAUGUAACCAGGGAAAAUAAUGGUGUAUCUUUCAGCAUCAUAAAUGAUCAGACAGACGGUAGUUUUUGUAAAAGUUAUUUCAUGCAAACAACUAGCUCUUUGAAUGCCAGGAUGGGUUCAUACACAAAUAGGAUAAAGGGAGGGUAUGGAGCAGGCUCUAGACAACACAUUCUCUCUGAGGGGUGAGUUUUUUGGUCCAGUUAAAUUGAGGGUCAUUGCUCUCGUGAAGUUCUGCUGCUGUAGGAGUGAACAUUGUUUUCAAAGCUUUGAAACUCUCUGUGCUCUUCAGGAGAGAAGGGUCUUCUCAUGUCACUUUUAAAGUUGGGUGCUUGAAGAAAGCACUCAUGACAGACAUUUGAGCAAAGAAAUCACCAACAGAUGACCAAAGGGAAUAAAGAAUAAGUGAGAUGAUGAUGAUGACAACUAUUUAUCAGCUCCUUUUCAUUUCAGAAUAGGUACUCUGAGUUGUCUCAUCCCUCGGCUGUACACAAGAAUCUUAAAAGAAAAUAAUUGUCUUAACUUUUCCCAGUCUUUGCUCUAGAGAGUUCUUAACUGGUCUACUGCAAUAGCACCACCUAUCUUGGGACUUUUAUUUUCUGUGUACUUGGUUUAUAUAACCUAUCUAUUAUAAUGAACUUUUAUUCUAGAACACAAAACUAAUUAGUACUGUAAAUUUUAACAGUGGUGCCUCUGGUUUUGUUUUUUAGAGUCCAUUGAGAGUGUUAUCUAUAUACCCAGAUUCUCUUUCCAAACAGAACACUUUAAUAGACAAAUUAUUAUACUAUAUGUUUAUAAUUACCAAUUUAUUUUCUUACGUAAAAUGAAGGACCAAUCAUAACUACACUUGGUUCUGAUAGGGUAUAUUUAUCUAAGUAAUAAAGCGUGAAAAAGAAAUGCCAAGCAAUAAAUUAGCGAAGAAGCAGCUCAAGAGACACUUUUCAUGGGGAAUUUCUCUGGCAUGCAAAUAUUUUCCCCUAGUUCUGAUGGUUUUCUUAAAAUAUGAGAACAGAACAGUAGUCAUGGAUAUUUUAAAAUGAAACGGCCAUAAAUAUUUUUAAAUGCAUCAGUUGAACACUAAUAUGUUAGUCAUAUCUUCUCAGAGCCAAUAGUUUGUUGAAUAACAUAGGCAGGAAUAAUAAAGACUAAAUUAAAAACAAGGAAGAACAUGCCAGGUAAGUAUAGAGAAGCUUGUCUUCCAGGAAAUUACCAUUUGUUAUGAAUGCAUAUUUAAAAAUGUAUUUAUUUAGGAAUUAUAUAUUUUAUUGUUUUUUUUCUUUUUUAAGAAAUUACAUAUGCAGCUGCAUGCCCAAGAUUCAGGCUUGUGUAAGUGCCUUUUUUACUCAGAUGCCAAGCCCCUGGCAGAAGCAAAUUAGUACACAAUCAGAAAUUAGUAGAUUAUUUUGUGAAAUAUAUUUUGAACUUUCAUAAAGACUUCAAACUUCUGAUUAUUUACAUAAUAGAGGUCCAAAUGAGAUACCCCCACAUAGAUGAUCAGAUUCUAGUUCCUUUUUUUGGCUGAAAUUUUGAACUUUAUGUUCCUGAAACUGUAAAGCACUGUACAAAUACAGGUUUUACCUGAGUAAUCAUCACCAGUUGAGCACAUUUGCAGUUCCCAUCUAAAAUAUCUUUUGAUUUUAAUGUUUGCAAUGUAAUGGACUUCACAGAAAUUGUUCAACACAGGUGUGUUUAAAUGUUUGUUUUAUUUGUGGUUAAACUAUAUUCAUGAGAGUUAAGUUUCCAACCCUGGACUCUGCUCAGAAGCCAGUUUAACAUGGUCCAAGCCAGUUUAACAUGGUCUAGGCUGAACUUUGAAUGACCUACCCCUGAGAGAGCAGUAGUUUACCUGUGUUAAAUAUCUCCAUGGAAGUAUAUUACUUAUUUAGUUACCAAAAGGUUAUUACUUCCCUGACUUCUGUACCAACUGACCUUAAAAAUGGAUUUGAAAUGGUUCACAAUAAAAUCAUAAAACUAUUGAAAUUAGGGUUUCAAAAUGAGGUCAAAAAUUCUGGGAAUCCAGGGGAUGUACAUUGUUAUGUAACAGCUCUGAGUUUAAAAGCGAUCAAGGCAGGGAAAUAAGUAUUGAAAGAAAUUCUUUCCUAGCUGUGACCAGACAGGGAAGCAACACCAAGAUUCCUAUGAAGCCUCUAGAGCGAGCAGGAAGCAAAUCAAUUACAAUACAGCAAAAUGUCGACAAUUAUCAACAGGUGUUACAUGGCAACCGCUAUAGAUGGAUGAGCCUUUGAAAUGAUUGCCAGUUCUCAUCCAUAUAAUCAAUACAUUAAGAAUUAAAACUUUACAGAGAAGAAAAUUAAGGCGUUUUGUCACUAGCCAUAAAUUUGAAUGUGGUUUAUUAGAUAGUGCCUAUGUCAUGGAUUCUGGAAACUGGCUGUGAGGCCUCAUUUGACAUUCCUCGUGACUCUGGGCAAAUAACUUGAAAUUUAUAGGCUUUAGGUUAUUUUUUUUUGUAUUUGUAAAUGCAGAAAUUAAACUGAAUGCUUUCCAAGGUCCCUAUAAAAAUGUGAUUUUCUACUUUGUCAGUUAUCCAUCUCUGUUCUCCUGGAAAGUUUUGUAGUCAGGUAUGAAACUCAGUUUUAUUACUGUUAUUUAAAUUACUAUAAUUUUUAAUAUAUUCAGUCAACAGAUAUUUAUUGAAGAAUAGUUUAAUACCUGCUAUAGUGUGGCCAUACAGAUACUACAGAGAAUAUAAAGAUAUAGAUCGCAUAGUGUUACAUUAAACUCCAAGUUUGCAUUUACUGAAGGGCCCUGCUAAAGAAUUUUAACACAGGGAGUAAGACCUACAAUGAUCUCUCUGAUUGUUGCUACUGAGCAUUCAGAGCCUGGUUUAGUGCUGUGGAAAUUAGAACUGAAGACCUGACAUGUGGGGCUGAGGACACGUGGAGUCCUUCAAAUAAUCUGGGACAUUCUUUUUAAUGUGGCCUUAGUUCUCUACUCUAGGAAGCCACAAAGAUCAUGUGGUAACCAAAGAAUUCAUCAUCUUUUCCAGUAAACAAACCACUGUAUUGAAUGAUGGCACCUAAACAUUCUAAUUUGUGCAGAAAUUCUCCGAAGUGGGCUCUUUGACCAUACAGUUCUUGGGGUAAAAUCUGCUCCUGUUUUCUGCCCCUGGAGGGCUGCCAGGCUCUCACCACAAAGGGUGAAUUAAUGCAUGCUGAUCCUCAGUUAAAUAUCCAAACGCUUGUAUUUUGCUAUUAUUGAAAUUUAUUUUUAUCCCCCGUGACUUCUCUGAUGUUUUUUUAAGUUACAAAUUUUUAUGUUUCCAAGAGUAUGAUAAAAAUCUCUUUGAGGCUACUUGGUCUUUGUAUGUGUGACAGACAUAAACCUCAUAUAGAACUGAUGCCCUUUAAACAACCUCAAUCUCUUCCUUAGGCGAUUCUGAGGGUAUAGCUGUGAAUUAAGAAGUCCAUAUCGUAGCUUUAGACUUCUGAGCAGUAACUAAUGAUACUAUUCUCUACCAGUCCCCUCUACCCUGGCCACCCUUGGCUGCCUGAGAAUGGCCUUGCCCCUAGAAACAGCAGAAAAUAGCACCUUCUCUCUGUCUCAGCCUUUACAUAAAUCUAAAAGCCUAUAAACUUUGAUCUGAUUUUAAUUUAGCAAACAUUGGGAUAACAGAUAAUCUCACCAUGGGGGUAGUCCCUGCCAUCAAGAUGUUAAUUAUUUUCUAAUAGAAAAGACAACCUUGUACAGGUUGUACUUUGGCAACAGCUACACGUACACGUUCCUGUGCCAGAUACUUUAAUGUCCAUUAUCUCGUGAAGUCUCACAAGAUCAACCAGACUGUAACCUCUAUGAGGACAGGCCCAUGCCUGUUUUGGUCACUGUGGCAUCCUCAGCCACGAGUGCAGUGCCCAGCAUGUAGACAAUUAGACCACUUUCUUCUGUAAUAUUAUAAUAAUUUCAUACUUAAUUUGUGCAUACCUUUUUUGUGCACUAGACUGUAAACUCCCUGAGGAUAUAGACAGAGUCUGUCUUAUUCAUCAUGUCCACAACUACCAGAGGAGAAUGUGGCACAAAGGUGAUAAGCAAUAAGUAACUUUGCAUAGAGAAUAAAUGGAACUGAGCGAGGAAUUUCAGGUCCUAUGUUGCAGAGGAAAAAAAAAGUGACUCAGAACCAUGGUACUUAAUGCAAUACAAACAAACGAGAAGAUAACAGAUAGGUAACUCCAGCCUCACCCCACUUCUAGAACUAGAGGUCUCCUGACCUUCUAGAAACUUCCAACUCUCUACCUUGCUCCUCUCAAAUCCCAGUUAUCCUCUAGAAGCAGCAGGUCUUCCCUGAAACAAGGUCCUGUACCAUAGGGAUCUUGGGAAGAGAGAUGAGAACAGGAAUUCAGAACAAAAUAACUCUGACACCUUGGGCAUCAGCAUUGCAGUUUAACUUCUGUGUGCUUUGGUAAGAAAAUGUGAAAUGCAGGUUUAGGGAAGGAGAGAAGACUACAGAACUUGCCACUCCCUAAGACUAUCCCAGUUGAAUUUGUUUCACAUCUUCAUUGGGACAGUCAAUUCAGCAGUUAAUUUGGGGGGAGAGGUAUGGAAAAUUACCCCAGGGCUGUAGUUGCUCAGCAGUUGUCAGUGCUGAGUGCUAAUUAUCUUCCAGUCACUGUAUCAGAUACUCUAUGUACAAUUAUAUUGUUAAUAGUUUUAUUUUACACAUGGAGACUCCUAGGCUCAGAGAGGUUAAAAAUAUCACCAGUUAGCAGGCCGGUCCCUGCCCAAGUCUGUCUACCUCUAAUCAUGGUCUCCACUAGUCAGUGCUAGGUGGCCUCAUUGCAGGGACUCAGGCUGUCCCUCCAUGUUCGUCCACUUCCAUGUUCGUCCCUCCCCACUAAUAACCUGCCUUCUUUAGGAACCCCCAUACUCCUUGAAUCUUCAUAUUCUGUGUCUCUCGUGAUUCUUUGAUCAAGCAUUGAGAGUAGACUUCCAAGAUGUCUGUAGGAAAAAAUCGAUGUUAUCUCACAGAAAGGAAAUCUUGGGAGAAAAAACUAGAAAUGUAGGGCUAGAAAAAUGUUUUCAGGUCUGUCGAUACUGUCUCCCUUUUUAAAGAUAUAAUAGCUGUGUUAUUUCAGGUAAGUCACUUAAUAGCUGACUCUCAAUGUAAUCACCUCUUAAAGGAAAAUAGGUAUUUUUCUAUCCAGUCUGCUCACAAGGAUAAUAUGAGAUAAUUAUGUACAAAAAUGUUUUAUAAAUAGUAAGAUACUGUAUCAGAUAUUAUUAUUAUCAGUACAUAGCUCUAGGUUAGCUGAUUGAGACUUAACUCCUAGAAGGAAUUUUUGAGUCUAUAACAGUGUAAUUUUAGAUUGAUCUAGAGCUCCCCAAAUUCUUUUCAACAGGCCUUUGAAUCACUUUUGCUUUCUUGUUGAUAUUGAACAUCUAUCACUCUCUGAACCUCCCCUUUACAUUCUACUUCCUUAUAAAGCCAUUCUAACUUCUUCAAUUUGUCCCAUUGCCUCUCCCACUAAGUUUGUCUUUAGUUCUUACUGCUUCACCUUCCAUUAUCUCACAUUUGCAAAUGGUUUGGGUGAUGAAAAUUUAAUCUUGCUGCACUAUCUGCCACUGCAUUUGUCAUCAGGGCCCACCUUGUCUUGCUAAAUGUCUGUCUCCUACCUUGCUGCUCUAUAAAUAUGCUUCCUAAAGAGGAACACCUUAGCAGAGAGAGUAGGGCUGUUCUUUGAUCAAAAGUACUCAAGCACAAGUCAAUUUGGAUUGCUUUGUAGCUUUUAUUGACUCUACAGCUAAAUUCUGUGUUCUCUGAAUUUAAGAACCAUAUUUCUAUUUAACUCACAUAUACCUACCAUUAUACACACAAAACUAUCAAUAAAUGGUUGGGUAAGAGAAGAGGUUUUAAAGAUAAGAUUGCCAGUAGCAGAGCUCAUCUUUAGCUCCUUACAUUGGAAUUUAUGAAUUUCCUUUGUUUUCCAAUAUGGAAUACGUGUGUUACUACUUUUGAGUAAAUAUGGCAUGCAAUUUCACUGUAUAUUGGGAAGUAGUUUCCAAAUGAAAAUUUAGUUAUAGCUUGAAGAUUUUAGACUUGGCUGAAUUUGAAUGGUAAUAUAAUAUAAUUAUUUAUUUGAUGUUUCUAUUCUAAUUCCAUUUUUACAUUUCAGGGUCAGUUAAGCUGGUCUUUAUCCAGAUGGUAAAUGACAUUUGAAGAUGACAUUUGAAGAUGUCAUUUAGCCUCUUCCCUGACAUUUUCCAUUUUAUACUUAUAUAUUUCACUUAAUGGGGCCAUUUAUAUUCAGCAUGAUUCAACUUAGAAGCACUUAAAAUUAAAAAUUCAAAGUAUUCUGUAUUCAUCUGCUGGCUAGCUCAGUCAUUUCCAAUUUGUCUGGCCAAUUAAUCAUAGGUGUAAGUGGUUAAUAAAAUUAACUAUGUUAUUUUUUUCUUUCCUUCACAAAGUUUCUUAGCAUUACAUUGACCAAGCACCUUAAAUAAUAGCAGAAGUAAUUGGACAACCCAAUCAUUUAUUGUAUUCAGGUGCAUAAUGAGCAGCUAACAUGUUGGUAUGUAGUCAUCCACUACCUCCUUGCACGUGGAAAAAAAGAAUGAUUUUCAUAGAACCUUAUCAAGUGAAUCCAUCUGUAUAUAUUUAGGAGGAUCCAUUAUAUGGAAAGUAUUAUCUUUCAAGGCUAAAAUAGAGCCAUUGGAUUCAUUUAUUUAGAGGUAUGGCUAAAUUUAAAUCAGAAUAAUUUUGUUCUGUAAUGAUUCUGAAAGUAGUUAUCCUAUUUUUAAUCCUACUGGUGUUAACUUUAUUUUGUAAUACAUGUAUGAUUCUCAAUUUUCCCAAUUACCAAAAUCAAAAAUAAGACAAGGAAUUAAAAAAAUUCUUUCAGUUACUCUAAACCCUUAGACUACAACUUGAUCUUUGUUAAAUUAACAUGUGAUUAUAGACUAAGAUUGUUACUAUUAAGUUACUCAUUUUUAUACCAUAUAG